UACGAAACCUCAAACUUUGAUUAUGAUCGUUGACGGGAGGCGAUAAGCGCACCGUCCCGUUCUAGGGUUUCUACAGUCUUCUUUCCGAAACUCUGCGCCUCCGCGAACAAUCGGCUUUCAUCCGAGACGAUUUCUGCCGACGAUUAACUCCGAAACCAACACCGACAUGCUUCAGAUCGUAGAAUUCAAGAUCUCGUGACGGGAAUUGAUCGAAUUUACUGGAUCUACUACUGUUCCCGAUCAAGGAACCGGCGUUUCGGGUUCUUAUAUUUGUACCGGAAGAGGGCUUUUACGACAUUGCAGAUUUUUGGAUUGAAAAGUGUAUACAGGGAUUGGGAAAUUUUGCUUAACUAGAUGCCACGUGCCAGAGACAUAGGAUGGCAACAUGGGACAAUGGUUGGGGGACAUAGGCACCAUGUUCAAUGUAAUUAUUGCCAUAGGAGCAUGAUUGGAGGUGUUACUCGCUUCAAAAAACACUUAGCAAAUAGAAGGGGUGAAAUUAGGGGUUGUGAGGCUGUGCCAAAAGAAGUAAGAGAUCUCAUUAGAAAGCACUUAGGCCCAGGAAUGAUGCAAACAUCACAAAAGAAGCAAAAGAAGAUAGGUACUGAAGUUUUGAAUGCGCUAUCGUCUGAAGAUAAGGAUACAGUGUCAAAUGAGUCUGAUCGAGAGAUGGCAGCUGCUAGACUGGAGAGUUUGCGUUCCUUGCAUGAAGCAGAAGAAGCAUGCCAGUCAAUGAAAAAUGCUGUGCCAAUCCAAUCAGAACAUCAACAGCUCAUGGUGGGGACUCGGGAGUUCUUUGAUGCUUUCUCAACUGUACAAAGCAAGGAAGAGCAAGGACUGGCACCUCCUAGAGCCACUGAUCUUGGGUGGGCCCAUGGAGUGAUGGUGAAUGGAGACCGGCAAAAGAUUAAGUGCAGAUAUUGUCAUAAGAUGAUCCUUGGGGGUGGAAUUUCCAGGUUGAAGCAACAUUUAGCGGGGGAGAGGGGAAACAUAGCUCCAUGUGAAAAAGUGCCUGAUGAUGUUAAAGCGCAAAUGCAACAACAUUUAGGUUUUAAAGUUUUGGAAAGACUAAAGAAGCAGAAAGAAUUGGAAACUAUCAAAAAUCCUUUGGCUCCCUACGUACAAGGUAAGGAAGAAGGAAAUAGUGAUGAUAUGCAAAAGAGUCCAAGCACAUUUUGUACACUAGGAAGUAGUGGAAUAAAAAAAGGAAAAGAAGGCGAUGAAGAGACCUCUGGUAGAAGAAAGAGACACAGGAAGCCAUUUAUUCCAACUGUUACAGCAAUUUCUCAAUUUCCAAUGCUCCAAAACUUUGCUUCGCAAGAAAGUAUAGACCAAGCAGAUAUGGCUGUUGCAAAUUUCAUGUAUGAUGCUGGUUUACCAUUCAGUGCAGCAAACUCUAUAUAUUUCCAACAGAUGGCUGAUGCCAUUGCUGCUGUAGGCCCUGGAUAUAAAAUUCCUUCUUAUCAUUCUUUGAGGGGUAACUUGUUAAACAAAAGCAUCCAAGAAGUAGGAGAACUAUGCCAAGAACUUAAAAAGUCUUGGGAGGUUACUGGGUGUACAGUCAUGGCUGAUAGGUUGCUGGAUAGAACUGGUCAUAUGGUUAUAAAUUUUUUUGUCUAUUGUCCUAAGGGUACGAUGUUUCUUAAAUCUAUUGAUGCAUCAGAUACCACACAUUCUUCUGAGGAACUUCUUGAUCUCUUUGAUGGUAUUGUUCAAGAGGUGGGCCUGAAGAAUAUUGUACAAUUUUUGACAGAUACUACACCUAACUUUAAAGCUGCAGGGAAAAUGUUAAUGAACAAAUACAAGACCUUUUUCUGGAGUGCCAGUGCAGCACAUUGUAUUGAUUUAAUGCUGGAGGAAUUGGGAAAAAUGGAAGAGGUGAAAGAGGCUCUGCUGAAGGCCAAAAGAAUAAGUCAGUUCAUAUAUAACCAUGCAUGGGUCCUAAAUUUGAUGAGGAAGAAGACAGGUGGAAAAGAUAUUGUGAAACCGGCCAUUACAAGAUUUGCGACCCACUUCUUUGCACUGCAAAGCAUGGCAUCUUUGAAAGAUCCUCUUCAUCAGAUGUUUACUGGUAGCACUUGGAUGCAGUCAGCUUUCUCUAAACAAAGAGCAGGGCUGGAGGUUACAGAAAUUGUAGUGGAUCCCGGAUUCUGGUCAGUUUGUGCCAAAAUUUUGAAGGUCACAAAACCCCUUUUGGCUGUCUUAAGCUUAGCUGAUAGUGAAGAGAGGCCUUCUAUGGGUUAUAUAUAUGAUGCAAUGGGAAAGGCAAAGAAAAGCAUUAUUGUGGCAUUCAACAACAAGGAAUCUGACUAUUUUCCAUACUUGAAGAUUGUUGAUCGUAUUUGGGAAGAAGAACUCCAUAGUCCCCUCCAUGCUGCUGCAUGCUAUCUAAACCCAUCUGUAUUUUAUAAUCCUAGCUUCUGCACUAACAAAGUGAUACAAAAGGGCUUACUCGAUUGCAUUGAGACCCUAGAGCCUAACCUAACUGCCCAAGAUAUGAUUACGAGACAAGUAACAUUUUAUGAGGAUGCUGUUGGGGAUUUCAGCCGACCUGUGGCACUUAGAGGUCGAGAGUCAUUAUCCCCUGCUACAUGGUGGUCCCUGUAUGCAGCAGACUGUCCAGAUCUUCAACGCUUCGCUGUAAGGAUCUUAAGUCAAACAUGUAGUGGAACCCGUGGUGGGAGGAAAUGGUGGAUAUCUGAACAUAUACAUUCAAAGAAAAAGAAUCGGUUGGAGCAGGAGAGGUUCAAUGACCUUGUCUUUGUUCAUUAUAACCUUCACCUUCAGGAGAGGCAAUCAGCACUAACUAAAUCAUCCGUAAGCUGUGCUUAUGAUCCAUUAUGCCUGGAGGCAAUGGGUGACGAUGCUGGAGAAUGGGUUGAGGAUCCUGGAGUCCUUGAGGGAGAGGAGCUCAGUUGGAUGGAUGUAGCAGUACCCGUUGAUGCACUUCUGAGUUCGAAGGCAAGGAAUAGUACAGAUAAUAAUGAUAGUUUAGAUGAUAGAGACAGCGAUGACUUUAAAAGUAAUGAUGAAACUGAUGAUCUGUGAGGUAUUUUUAACUUGUUUGAGUGUACCAAAUUGGUGCAAGUGGAAAAAUGCAACUGAAGUUAUUGUCUGUUGUAAGCUUGAUUUUGUUCAUGUUGACAGUUUUCUAUGAACUGGCAGUCAUAGGUCUGUAUUAUA